CGCCUCCAUCUUUCGGUUUCUCAUUCAACCAUAAACAGAGAGACUUAAGCCACGGCUUUCACAGUAAGGCCGUAUUCAUCGCGUGUUGUCGGAAGUGCGAGGCAAGAACGAAUCACAGACAUUAUACCAUGAUGAAGUACUCAACCGUUUGCAAAGCUGGCGUCGUAGACCUGUCACCCUGAAAUCGAUUUUUACCACCGAAAGACUGCUGGCUUCGCCAGCUAGCUAGGUGGCUAUUGCAUAGCAUCGUUUGUUCCCCGCCACUGACCUCCACAAGUCAGUGUUGUGGAGUAUCAUUUCUUCGGAAAGUGGGGCUUUUGCUAUUGACCAGUCUCUACACCCCGGCUCCAGUUGUCUCCUUGUGGAUGCCCGUGGACGGUUCCCGAAUAUGAGACAACAUGAGUCAAAGAGAUACCCUAGUUCAUCUGUUUGCAGGAGGAUGUGGGGGCACUGUAGGAGCCAUAUUGACCUGUCCACUGGAAGUCGUGAAAACACGUCUGCAGUCAUCUUCAAUCAGUUUCUAUGUGUCUGAGGUUCAGCUGAGUACCGUUAAUGGGGCAAGUGUGGCCCGCAUGUCCCCACCAGGUCCCCUGCACUGCCUCAAGUUAAUAUUAGAGAAGGAAGGACCCCGCUCGCUCUUCAGAGGCUUGGGACCGAACUUGGUGGGUGUGGCACCUUCCAGAGCGAUCUACUUUGCUGCUUACUCAACAGCCAAAGAGAAAUUAAACAGUGUGCUGGAACCUGACUCCACGCGGGUUCACAUGGUCUCGGCCGGAAUGGCAGGUUUUACAGCCAUUACAGCAACCAAUCCAAUAUGGCUUAUAAAGACGCGUCUGCAGCUAGAUGCAAGAAAUCGAGGAGAACGGCGGAUGAGUGCGUUUGAGUGUGUGCGGCGUGUGUAUCAGUCAGAUGGCCUACGGGGCUUCUACAGGGGGAUGUCGGCAUCCUAUGCCGGCAUCUCGGAGACUGUGAUCCACUUUGUGAUCUAUGAAAACAUCAAACGACGUCUUUUGGAGGCCAAGGCCCCCCAGAACAUGGACGAGCAAGAUGAGGUAUCCAAGGACGCAUCAGACUUUGUGGGGAUGAUGCUCGCCGCUGCCACUUCUAAGACCUGUGCCACAUCCAUCGCUUACCCUCAUGAAGUGAUCCGCACAAGACUACGCGAGGAGGGUACCAAAUAUCGCUCCUUCUUCCAGACUUUAACAACAGUUCCCAAAGAAGAGGGCUUCCGCGCCCUCUACCGCGGCCUCACCACACACUUGGUACGACAAAUUCCCAACACCGCCAUAAUGAUGUGCACCUACGAGCUGGUGGUCUACAUCCUGAAUGGCUAAAGUCUUCCUAUGUUUAGAAAGCACUUGUAAUCCAGCUCUUGUUCAGUGAAGGAGAAACAAAAAACAACCUGCUGGCCAGACAGGCAGCAUCUCGACAUUAGUGACUAUUUUAAGUGGCAGGUUUACUUUAUUACCAAAGGCACAAGGAAGGUUGAAAGACCCACCCAUUGAUUUGGGGCGGUGCAGUACAAAAAAAAUCCCUCUCUUAUGCAUUGUUAUUGAUACUAUUUUGUCGACUGUCAUAUGCUGUAGUCUCUAAAUAGCCUAAAAAAGCUCAGUGUCAAAGUCUUAAAGCAAUUAAAUGAUCUUAUGACUCUUACAAUACCAAUUCUGAAAAUUCUAGUUACACUUCCAAACACGAGGUUAUGAAACCGUUGUCGUCUUUACUGACCUACUAAAAAAAAAUCAGAAGUUCCUGGGCAUCAUUUGAGGUGUAGUUAAAUUCAACUAAUGAAGCAGACAAUGAGAUACUGGAUCCUUGCAAUUUGUGAAUGUGCCUUGGGCAGAAACGAGAUGGAACACAUAUCUUUUGUGAGGGGUAUGGGUUGCAGUGUGUUUGGGUGUGGCUUUGUGGUUAACUUGACAGGACUCAACACACUGUAAAAUGUGAAACAAUGUAGUUGCACAGGGGUAUUGCAUGGUUUUAGGCACUGAAGGAAACCUUGGUAACUAACUGCUCAUCAGUAAUUAACAAUAGACUUUGUGUGAGGCAGGGGUGUCCAAAGUGCUGCCCGCGGGCCAUUUGUAGCAGGAGGGUAUUUUUACUUAAAUAGCCCAUAAAAUAUAAUAGAAUUCAAUUAUAAUAAAAAAUAUAAUUUAACAAGUAAACUUAAAAAAAAAAAAAAAACAGCAGCAAACAUUGAAAAAUCAGCCAUAAUUUUAUCAGAAUACAGUCAAAAUAUUAAGAGAAAAAGUCGUAGUUUUCCGAGAAUAAACCUAGCUUAGAUUUGGAGUAGAGUGUAAGCGGCAUAGAAAAUGGAAGGCUGGAUAAAUAUGAAAUAUUAGAAAAAGUUAAGUUAUUAAAAAAUAUGUAUUAUUAUAAAUAAAGUUGUAAUUUUUGGAAAAUUCGGUUGCGGGAAAAAGUUAUAAAGUUACGAGAAUGAAGUCAAAAUAUGGGAGUAAAGUCAGUUGCAAGGAGAAAAUUUACAAGAAGAAAGUUGAAAUAGUUGGUAAAUUAAACGGCAGCUGCCAAAAUGGCUGCUUAAGCUUUACAAGAAUAAAGUCAAAAUAUUAACAGAAAAAAGUUGCAAUUUUAAUAAUAAACUCGUAAUAUUCUGAGGAAAAAUAAUGUCAUUUUAGUAGUUUGGAGCUGAAAUAUUAAAUAAAUAAAUGCAUUAUUUUUUGUGAAAGUCGUAAUAUUAUGAGACACAAACUAAACAAAAAAAAGUCCUAAUAUUAUGGGAAUAAAGUAAUAUUACAAAAAGAAAAGUUUGGACACCCCUGUUGUAAGCUUUGCAGGCACCUAAUCCUCCUUGGUCUUUGCUUUCCAUGCAUUUCGAGCUCUUUCAUGCCCGUAUGAAACCACUGCCUUAGAGAUACUGUAGCUUUUAUGCUCGAACAAAAGUAUUAACAUCCUGUGUCCUGUACGGUCAUAUCUCCAAACUAAAUCACAAUGCUAAUGUACACUGCUAACUACUUGUAACUACUGGAAUGUAAAUAUACAGGUUUAUGGAAGUGAAACACUGGCCCAUUUUAGUAAUAAAUGUGCAUAAAUUAACUAAUUUUAACAAAGUUGUAAUAUUGAUAUAUUAAAUAUAUUUACUUAAAUAAUGUGAUUUUGUUGCGUUUGUUUGACUGAUAACGACAAAUGCAAUCUGUUUGUGUAGCUUUGUGGGAGAGAACAUUUGCCUUUACUUGUGAAAGUAUAUUUUCCUAACCUGUUCUCAUUGCAUUUCAGUUUUCUUGAUAUCUCUUCUCCUUUACCUCGGCUAGAAUAUCCAGGCUUAUUCAGUUGCGAGGACAAUCCUCUCAGCCUUUCCCUGGAAUCCUGCAGUUGAUAUAUUGCAAAGGAAUGCGGUUGUCAUAAGCGCACAAUACCCCAUAUACAUGUUUUCUCGACCAGUCCUUAGUUGUUUUAACGAAAAGCGCAUUUUAGCAUUUAAAAACAAUGUGAAAUGGCUUUUUUCCUUUGCAUUGUUUUAUACAUUUCACUUAAAAGUGAAAGUGUUUGCUGUUUGUAUGUAUUGUUCAACAAAAAUAUAUUGUCACCUGUUAACAAGACUGAUCCAUCGAAUGCUAGUUAUGUUCUAGUAGACAAUGCUAACAGCCAGAAACUCUUUUUGCUCGUCCCCGGAUUUGCGAGUCUCCAGUCUCGUACAGGUUGUCAAAAAGUGGUGAGUUCGUCCAAAAACAAAUUGUAAAUCACAGAUUGAAUUAUAUGCAUGGCUCAGUGCCAUAUGAAGUAAAAUGCCCUUUUACUUAACUGCAAAUAUAAUAUGCGUUUUUCCAGCUGCAUUGUACAGUAUGUUUGUAGUUCCAUUGUGUGCUUUCUCCCGUUCAUCCAAUGAUUAUUUUGCACCUACGUUUGAAUUGUGUGAUCGUGAAUGUAUGUUCUCCGCGUGCUUGCUUAAAUGACAGAAGAUUCAGUCAUGUCUUCAGAGUGUAAGAGACUAUCGGAUUUAUGUAUGCACUUGAUUGAGGAACCGCAGGAGGAACAGUGUUUUUAUCCUUUAAGUAAAUUGUUGCCUUUUUCCUGCGGAUCCUUUUUUCCACAUUGUUCUUGUUGUUGAUGAGCCUGCUUUGAGUGUGGCUCUGUCUAUGCAUUCUGUCAUACCUGUUUUGUCAAACAAGUCAAUAAACUGGAAAGAGUGCA